GGAAACAAGCUCCCGGCUUGGGGCGGCGAGGAAGGGACUGCUUUGCGCACGGCCCUGCUCGGCGGUGGGCGGGGCUGCAGAGGCUGCCCUGAGGCGACUGAGUCCUCUCAGCCUUCCCUUCCCGCUCAGCGCCGUAUUUCCUGCAGUCCCUUCAGUUUUCACGUGCCCCUCAGACCCCCUUCUUUGCUCCCUCAAGACACUGCCCCCCCAGCAUCACACCAGCGUGCGAUGUAGUCCCGUCUCCCCCUCCCCCCGGCCCUCAGCCUGCAUUGAAUCGCACUUCGGAAGAUGUAAAAGCUUCCUCAUUCCACAUCACAGAGAAGGGGUUGUGCCUGACAAACAAAGCAAAGGGGAAGCUGUGGAAAAGGUGUUUUGCAGGGUCAAAACAGACAUAGGCAAAUUUAUGCACCAAAAGAGGGAUGCAACUGAUAGAAGUCUAUCAAAAUGGCAACUGCACAGAUGCAGAGAAGCUCCAUGAGUGCAGUAGUAUUUCCUAAUAAAAUAUCCACUGAACAGCAGUCUUUGGUAUUAGUAAAAAGGCUUUUGGCAGUGGCAGUGUCAUGCAUCACUUACCUAAGAGGAAUCUUUCCCGAAUGUGCCUACGGAACAAGAUACCUAGAUGAUCUCUGUGUCAAAAUUUUGAGGGAAGACAAAACCUGCCCUGGAUCUAGUCAGUUGGUGAAAUGGAUGUUGGGAUGCUAUGAUGCUUUGCAGAAAAAAUAUCUACGAAUGAUUGUCCUAGCAGUCUAUACCCAUCCAGAAGAUCCUCAGACAGUUACAGAAUGUUAUCAAUUCAAAUUCAAGUACACCAACAGUGGGCCAGUCAUGGAUUUCACCAGUAAGAAUAAAGGAAAUGACUCCAACAUCACGUGUGCAGACACCAAGAAAGCAAGCAUCCUCCUCAUUCGCAAGAUUUACGUUCUGAUGCAGAACCUGGGCCCAUUACCUUGUGAUGUCUGCUUGACAAUGAAGCUCUUUUAUUAUGAUGAAGUUACACCACCUGAUUACCAACCUCCAGGUUUUAAAGAAGGUGAUUGUGAAGGAAUGAUAUUUGAGGGGGAACCCAUGUACCUAAAUGUGGGUGAGGUGCCAACUCCAUUUCACAUGCUGAAAGUUAAAGUGACAACUGAGAGGGAACGAAUGGAAAAUAUUGAUAAAACCAUAUUAAAGCAAGGAGACACUAAGGUGCCUCUUCAGGCAGUAAGACGGGACAAAGAUGGUCCAGGGGAACGGAACAGACACACAAAUGAAGAUUUUGUCACAGACAAUAAAGUGGAAGAUCAGAAAAAAGCAAUUAGACAUUUAGAUGUUGAAGAACUUAGUUUAACUUGUGAAGAAGAUGAAAACAUGAAGGCUGGAGAAAGCCAGAGUCCAUCUGUUUCCAAUUCUCAGGUUGAUCACUUAGUAAAUAAGACAUCAGAAUUAAACAUGACUGAGGGCAAGACAAGAAGUGGAAAAAUAUUUCACAGCAGCACAGUUUGUGAAAAUCAAGCCAGGGAACAUUGCAAAACCAAUUCUGCAGCAGCUAAGUGUUCAAAAGAAAUCCAGAAGAGAAAUCGGUCUGAGUCAGAAAAACUUGUUCAUCAGUUUGAACUCUCAUCUAGCCAAGAUGCGCUGCCAAAAAGGAGAAAAUUUAGUGAGCCAAAGGAGCAGUUCUAGAUCUCUAUCUUUCUGCUCUUCAUUUGUAGAAUUCUUAAUAUGCUUAUCCUUUUGUGUGUAAUAUGAAUAUUGUUAAUGUUUCAGAUAAUUUACAGUUUUUUAUUUUAAAUUUUAUUUGUGGAGAAAAUGCAGAGUGUACUUUAUAGCCAAGAAAAGCUUGUCAAGAGAGGCUUCAAUUUUACAUAUUGUUUGUAAUUUUUAAACAAGGUUGUGUUCCAGUCUGGAGAGAGAUGAGAUGUAACCAUUAAUCUGAUCUGAAGGGAAAAAAAGCUUCCUUUAGGAAGAUUUCUAGGAAAGUUUUCUACAAAUGCCCUUCCUAAGAUGAUUUUGCUGAAAUCCCAUUGAUGGUAUAUACUGUGCACCCUUGGAACUGAAACAGUGAGCUGCUGCCCCUCAUGUCCUUUCUUGGGCUAUUCUUAACAAUCUUAAUUUUAUUCAAAACAAUCUUUUUUUUUAUUCAAGAUAUACCCAAUAGACCCAACAGAAAAACUAAAAUCACCUCUGGUAUUUGGGGUUUAUAGCAGGAAAUCAGUCUAAGAAAGCUGGCGUGGCCAUUCUGCAACAAGACUAUAGCUACCCCUUUUUAUUACACCGAAACAGCAGUAGCCUGAAAAUUCAUGGGACCUGAUCAAUUUCCCCAACAGUACCAUACCCAAAGUAAAAAAAAACAAAACAGGAUUCAUCUCUUUAGUUUCUAAUCUUACAGUGAAAUGCAGGAAUUCAUAUGCCACACUGUUGAGACGCAUAUAAAGCUAAGUAUUAAUCAUUAUUAUAUGCGGCAUGCUGCCAUGCAGAGUACAGUAUUACAUACUGUAAUAAUGAACUAGGGCCAAACCAGAAAAGCAGACAACUCAGCUUUUACAAAUGCAAAGUGAUGAGUUGCAGCUAUUAGAUAGUGUCAUUUAACUGCUUUUACAAAAUUAAUUGUUUGCUUUUCAUAAACUUUGUGUUCACUGAAAUAAAGCUCCUUAUAAAGAACAGGUAGCAACUACUUCUAUAGUUCAACUACAUGCAAGUAGCUCAGUAUUUCUGCCCUUGGUUUUAAUUUUUACACUAAAAAUAUCUUGUUAUACUCCUCCCUAAUUAGGACCAUGUUAUUUACUAAUUU